AUACGGGCAGUGUUUUCGAACGCAGCUUUGGAGCGCACUCUGGAGUCUGGCAGUUCAAGCCAGCCCCUGCCAGCACCUCCAAUUUCCAAUGUUUCAUCCGAAGCAGUCAGGAAAAAUGGCUGCGUUUAUAAAGGCUGUGCAGACUAGAACGAGCAUAAAUGGCAUAACAAAAUUGUUCACUAAUUUGUCUUUGACCCCCCCAAGUGUUAUUGAGUCUCCUAAACGUGCAUUUCUUCGCAGUACACCAGCUUUGCACUGUGCAUUUAUACACUUUACAUCAGAACGCCGUGAUUUGAUGGAAUUUUUUGACGAUCCAAAAAAUUGGGGAAAAAAUGAGAUACGAGUUGGUCGAUCUUGGAAAAAGGAUGAAUUGAGAUUGAAGAGCAAUUCGGAUCUCCAUAAAUUAUGGUUUGUCUUAUUGAAGGAACGUAAUAUGCUUAUGACUAUGGAAGAAGCUUGCAAGGAUGCAAACGAGAUCUUUCCAAAUCCUGAACGUUUGGAUAAAGUUCAAGAUAGCAUGAGUAACUUGGAGUCGAUAGUUCGUGAAAGAAACAGAGCAUAUCAUUUACUUGAGACUGGGGAAACAGGAGAGCGUCCUGGAAAACUUGUUUAUAAUUGCUUAGGUUUAAGGUUUUAUUAUCAAAUGGGUCAACAUUCUAUUCCAAAGUUCGUAAACACAAAAUGGUAUAAAACACAUAUGUUUGGUUAUGGUGGAUAUGCAACUCGCAAAUUUCUACGCUUGUACAGAGAGAAACUGUGGAAUAAUAAACGCAGAGCAAGAACACGUAAUAAAAAUCAUGUUGCAAUGUUAAUAAGAAAAUUCCCGAAUCUGGACCUUGAAGCUGUGAAAGAACAGUUUCCGGAUGUUGAUAUAGAAAAGACAAAAGCAUCCAAAAGAGCAAUAGGUCAUACUGUACCUGUGUAGGUGCAAUUUCUGUUGAUGCAAAUUAUUAAACGUUUGUUAAUAUAUUUGUGAAAUACUCGAUUGCUAA